CCAUGACCGCCCUUGACUUUUAAACGCCAAAAGACUCACACCCAAACCCGCACAGACCGAAGCAAUCAAGCAAAUCGACCAGCACAUGGCGGCCAUGGCCAUGAACCCCACCUCGCCGGCCCCAUCCGCGAAGCUCCGGACGCCUCCGUACCACCACCCCUCCCCCGCGGCUGAGGAGGAGCCCAUGGCGACGCCGCCGCCGAAGCCGACGGGCCAGAGGUCGCCCAUGCCGUCGCCGCUGCAGCUUUCCGGCGGGUACUCGCUCCACGAGCUGCUCCUGCUGUCCCCGUCCCCGACCUCCCGCCGCACCCGCUCGGGACAGCGGGGCGCGGCCGGGGCAGGCGGCGUGGAUUCGAGCCUGGAGAUGGCGGGGACGCCUCCCAGGCGGCGGCGCGCGACGCCCGCGGGGGCCUCGCCGAGGAACGCGAGGCGGGCGAGGCGGAGGCUGGAGAAGGAGGCCGAGCCGGAGGAGGAAGCCAUUAGGAAGGCGCGCAGGAGGAGGUCCUCCAGGGUGGCCUCCAAGGUCGCGGCCGCGGUGGCUGUGGACAAGGCGGUGGCGGCGGCGGCCGCCGCCCCAGGGAAGGAGGACGACAUGAGUUUGGCCUUGGUUCCUGCUCCUGCCGAUGCCACUCAUGUCACAGAAACUGACGCUCUGGAGCAGUCCGGAUGGGAAAGUCUCUGGGAAAGGGUCGUCGAGCUAGUGGUGUGGAAGGACGUGGCGAAAUCAGCACUCUGGUUCGGGCUGGGAUCCAUGUUCUUCUUAUCUUUCUCCUUUUCAAGAGAGAUCACUUUCAGCCCAAUUUCUGUAUUUUGUCAGCUGGGCGUUAUCAUUUUGGGUCUAGCCUUCUUUAAGGAUUCUGUGCCACAGAGCAGGCAGCCGGUGAGGGAAACGAACUUCCAGUUGACUGAAAAAGAUGUGAUUCGUGCUGCCGGAGCUGUGUUGCCGAUUGCUAACUCCAUCAUAUCCACGGCACAAGUGAUCUUCUCGGGCAACCCAUCGAUGACUCUCAAAGUAUUGCCUGUUCUUCUGUUCGGCGCAAAAUACGGUAGUCUGAUUACGGUAUGGAGGCUUCUAGCCACAGGUUUCUUCACCAGUUUUACACUCCCAAAGCUUUAUAUCUGCUAUUCAACUCAAAUUCAUGUGAUAGCUGAGAAUUUGAUAGACCGGGCUCUAGAAGCAUGGAAGGCUUGCCCCCGCAAGAAAUUCGUUGCGGGUACAGCAGUGACAGUUUGCUGGAAUUUGUUUAGUGUUAAGACACGCUUCGUGGCAGCCUUCAUUUCAGUAGUGAUACUGCGGUACAAUCAUCAGACCGCAGGGCUGGUGUGAUCCGGGAAGUUGAAUGUUGCCAAGAUGAUCAAGAGCACUAGAACAGCAAAUGGAGGUAGAACCAUAGAAGACCGGAGUUGAAUUUGCCGCAGGAAUGCUUUUGAUGUGUAAAAAGAUUAUUUUUUUAUUUACUUACAAUAAUAAUUUCUUCCACAUCUAGUGGUUGUACACUUAACUAUGAUGUCUGUAACAACGAACUAGCAGCAGUAGACAUGAGGCAUAUUGCAGGAUCAGGACAAGUUCCACCGUAUUGUUCUCCACUCCUGCAAUUUUAUAAUAUUAAUAAGCCAUUUCAUUGAACGUU